GCACCUGUAGUACUAUACGGACAAUUCUUCAGAGAGGGCAAUUGCUUCCAGUCAGGAGGGGAACGCCAGAUGAUACUUAAAGCACAUAACAAAACCUUCUCCAAAUUAUAGCUGGACGACCAACCAAACCUCGUGGCUUUUCUCUGACAGGGACUGUCGAUAUCUUAUGUUAUACAUUUUUCUUGUUCACUUCUUCAAGCCAUAAGUCCACCCAGGUGUUGAUAAACCACUUAACCUGGAGAGCGGGGAAUCACGAUUGGCGUGCGUAAAACUCUUCGUCGCGCUCGGCACUGAUGGCGGCGACCAAGCGAGCUGGGCGACAGCGCGAACAGCUUCCACACUGCUACUACGAAGGAUUCCUGGAAAAAAGGUCAUUCGAAGACGAGGCAUCUCGGAGACUAUGGACAUGCUUGUGUGGAAACAUUCUUUUCUUCUACAACAACACCAAUGACAAUUAUUAUGUGGAGAAACUAGAGCUCCGUGGCCCCAUCUCCUUGACGGAUGACUGCAAUCGGGACAGAAACCUGGAGGCAGCCAGACUCAUCCUGCGUAUGGAGGAUGAGGAGAUCAAAAUCACUGCCCCAAGUCUAGAGGCUCGAGAACUAUGGAAAGGUUUCAUCUACUCUGUAGUUGAGCUGUCAGUGCCAAGCUCACUCAACCUGCUGCCAGGCCAGAUCCACAUGAUGAGAGAGACGGUAGAGACCGAGAGAGAGAGACUGAAGACCCUGUCCCCUACCCCUGCUGCAGCAUCCAGCUCCAACCUUUACCUCAGCCUCGUAGGGGAUAUGCCUGCGUGUUUUCAGCCCGUGUCUCGUACUGAGGCAGAGAUGACUUUGGAGAGACACUCUGACUGUGGGAACCUGCUGAUUCGGCCUAGCAGGGAUGGCGCCUCAUUGGCUGUCACCACUCGACAGGACCUCAAUGGGUCUGUGUUCAGACACUAUCGAGUGACCAGGAAACAUGACGGAGGAUACGCAAUCGAUGUAGAUACUCCAAUCUUCUGUGCCACCCUGCAUGAUGUCAUAAACUGUCUGGUGGACAAGACUAAUGGAACUCUGACACCCUUCAUUAUGGAAGGACCGUACGAAGAGAGCAUCACGUUUGUUCAGGCAAAUGAGGAGAAUGGAGAGAGUCUGCAGUGUGCCCCCAGUACUCCCAUGCCCCCUGUGCCAAUCCCUGCUCUACCUCCCAAACCAGGUCCAAGAGGGCGUGUACCAACUCCAGAGCCUGAGUCCGAUACAAGAGUGUGCCUUGACCUCAAUGAUACCCAGAAAGAAAAGAAAGACACUAAUUUGCAGCCUGCUCACCUCUCUCAGACUCCUCCCACACGCUUUCGUCUGCCAAGACCUGAGAGGAAGGCCCUGAUGCCACCACUGGUGCCUUCUGUUCGUACACCUCGUACCUCCCACUCGACCUCCACAGAUACCCCUGACAUCACUGUGAUUUCUGUCCCACCACAUGCUGUGGCUCAGACCAUUUCUGAGGAGCUCAAGUUGAAGUUGGAGAAGAGGCGGGCGCAAUAACAGCAACCUCUCCUGACAGCUUAGUCAACCAGCAAGUGGAAAAGCCUGCUACAACAAUGGCUUCACAACAAAAUGGGGACACUCAACAUGUCACUUUCUUUGGUAGACAGAAACAUGGACCGUGUUUCCCUCUGUCAGACUCAGCCUCUGGGUUACUCUGGCCGCCUCCUCCCCUGGGCCGGGUCCCUGGGUCUCUCCCUGUUCCUUCUCAGCUGGGCUGUGUAUGCUCAGACUCUUAAGAUGAAUGCCUUAUCGAUUGCUCCUUCCUGUAUCGCUUCAUCCAAACCAGACACUAGCAAAUUUAACUGUAAAUCGGCAUUUAAUUGUCACAUUCGCACCACUGUUGUUUUGUAUAUUUGCACAUUUAUUGAAGUCGAACUAGCUUUAAAAAUAUAUAUAUAUAUAUAUAUAUAUAUAUAUAUAUAUAAUCCAAUAGACCUACAGUAUCAAUUCUAAACCUGUCAGUGUUUUUGUUUCUUUGUCGUUUUGACAUGCUAAGGUAUUCUAUAUUUAUAUUGAUAUCGCUAUACAUUUGUCUCAAUUCUACAACAGACUUUUGUGAAAGGCAAUGUAGCCAAUGUUGUCUCCUGAAUGAAAUAAAAGGAAUCACUGGUAUUGUA